GAGGAGGUGAUGUGUUACUCGCGGGGUGUCUCCGUGCGCGCCUCACCUGGGGGAGCGUGCGUGUGCGUACGCGUGUGUGGGGGACGGUGAGUGAGAGGAAGGCUGCCAAGGGCUCGGGCGAGCGUUCCUCGGGGAUGCUGAGCAUAUCUGCCGAGGCGUCACAACGGCUUAGAGCAAACAUCCCCUUUUUGCUUCUUUUUGGGAGCAGCGGAAGAGAGGGAGAUCCCACCUCAAAAAAAAAAAAAAAACACGUGAGCGCUUCGGCUAAGGAGGAGGUGGGAGAAGCCAGUGUGCUUUGGAUGAAUGACUUUGAGUGAACAAGACUGGUGUAACUUUAUGUAGGUCACACGUGAGCGCCUCCCUCUGCCUAUCAAGUGUCUCGGCAAGAACAACAAGCGAAAGCAGCGGCGGCGGCGGACGAAGAAGAACCAGAAGAAGAAGAAUCGGCAGGAGUCGGAGGCGGCUCGGCAGAGGUGCGGCGAUGCUCGGCGGGACGUGAUGCCCGGAACGCUGGCGCUCCUCCACAAUCGCUCGGAGGAGGCGCAAGCCCUGUCCGGUAGCGCCGGAGGAGGCGGCGGCGGCGAGGUGGGCAGCCGGCCCGCCUGGGUCAUCGGCAUCCUGGCCAGCGUGCUCAUCUUCACCACCGUGGUGGACGUGCUUGGCAACCUGCUGGUCAUCGUCAGCGUCUUCCGCAAUCGCAAGCUGAGGAACUCGGGUAACGUUUUUGUGGUGAGUUUGGCCUUCGCCGACCUGGUGGUGGCGUUCUACCCGUACCCUUUGGUGCUCUACGCUCUCUUCCAUGACGGAUGGUCGCUAGGCAACACGCAGUGCAUGGUGAGCGGCUUCCUGAUGGGCCUGAGCGUGAUCGGCUCCAUCUUCAACAUCACGGGCAUCGCCGUCAACCGCUACUGCUACAUCUGCCACUCCUUCUCCUACAGCCGCCUGUACAGCUACCGCAACACGCUGCUCUUGGUGGCCUUAAUCUGGCUGCUGGCCGUGGUGGCCAUUGUGCCCAACUUCUUCGUGGGCUCGCUGCGCUACGACCCGCGCGUCUACUCCUGCACCUUCGCCCAGAACGUCAGCAGCUCCUACACGGUGGCCGUGGUGGUGGUGCACUUCCUGGUGCCCAUCGCCGUGGUCACCUUCUGCUACCUGCGGAUCUGGAUCCUCGUCAUUCAGGUGCGUCGCAAAGUGAAGACGGAGGAGAGCCCUCGCUUGCGUCCCAGCGACCUGCGUAACUUCAUCACCAUGUUCGUGGUGUUCGUGCUGUUCGCCAUCUGCUGGGCGCCGCUCAACCUGAUCGGGCUGGCGGUGGCGGUGGACCCGUUGCGCGUCGUGCCGCUAAUCCCCGAGUGGCUCUUCGUGGUCAGCUACUUCAUGGCCUACUUCAACAGCUGUCUCAACGCCGUCAUCUACGGCCUGCUCAACCGGAACUUCCGCAACGAGUACAAGCGCAUCGUCACCUCCGUCUGGGUGACGCGUCUCUUUGUCACCGAGACGUCGCGGGCCGCCACCGACGGCCGCAGCCUGCGCAGCAAGCAGUCGCCGCCGCCACCGCUCAACAAUAACGAGUCGCUUCGGGAUCGAGCCAACAACAAAGACUGAGCAUUGUUACCGCGGCAACGCCAAUGGAACAAUCCGAUUAGUUGCACAUGAACUGCCUGAUAAACUUCCAAAGCCUCAAAUAUGUCCGACUCGCAUCACUUGAAUGCCAGUUUAGUUUAAAAAAAAAAAAAAAAAGAAAAAAACGGAAAUGAUUAUCAGGGUGUUGUCCUGUGCCAGAAUUUAGUAGGAAAAACAUAGAAACUACUCCCAAAAAAAGUUCCAGGAACUUUUAGUUUUUCUUUAGCCAACAUUUGUGACAGAAUAUAGGCUUGCCCUGUCAAAGUAUUAUUAUUGUUAUUAUUUAUUUAUUUUUUUUUGUAAAUGGAAAUUUUAACAAUGUUGCCAGCAUGCUAACAGUAGUUGUGCCAGCAUAUAGCAAGAUAGCACACUGGCUACAAAAAAAUAAAUAAGACCCAGUGAUUAAGAUUUUUCAUUGCGCCCUGUGGUUGGGUUCAAAUAACAGCUAACAGUUAGCAUGCUAACACCAUUCAUGCUAACACAAAGCAUCACGACGGGG